AUGUCGUACCUGCUUCCUCACUUGCCCUCCGGCUGGCACGUCGACCAGGCGAUCCUGUCGGAAGAGGACCGGGUGGUCGUCAUCCGCUUUGGCCACGACCACGACCCGGUGUGCAUGCAGAUGGACGAGACACUGUACAAGAUCUCGACGGCGGUGCAGAACUUCGCCGUCAUCUACCUGGUCGACAUUACGCAGGUGCCAGACUUCAACAAGAUGUACGAGCUGUACGACCCCUGCGCCGUCAUGUUCUUCUACCGCAACAAGCACAUCAUGAUCGACCUCGGGACGGGCAACAACAACAAGAUCAACUGGGCCAUGACGGACAAGCAAGAGCUGAUCGACAUUGUCGAGGUCGUUUAUCGCGGUGCGAGCAAGGGUCGCGGUCUGGUCGUCAGCCCCCGAGACUACUCGACAAGGCAAAAGUACUGA